AUGAGGUUUUUAAGUUUGGUAUUGGUUAUGUAUUUCCUGAAAUUGGGCAGAGUCUGUUGGUGUGCCGGGAAACCUAAUGUUCUCUCAAUCAAUCUUAGCGAGGGAUCUAAUGUUAACUCAAUCGAUAUUGCCAAGGAUCCAGGUCCUAAUGUAGCUGAGGUUAAUAAUGAGAAAGAUAAUGGUGUAGAUGGUAAAAAGUUUAAUGUUAAGGAUAGUGUCAAGAUAACUUUAGUAUUAGAUAAUGGAAUCCAGAUAUGGAACGGAGGUGACAAAAAUUGUACAGUAAUUACGGUCCUAUCAAAACGGGGAUAUAGCACUCUUCUUGCCAUACGAUAUGUAAGUGCAAAUAAGAAUGGAGAGAAAAAGGAGGAGAGUGAAGCUUAUAAAGAAGACGGUAACCAGUGGAGCAAAAUGACCGAAGAAGAUUUUGAAGCCGCUUAUGAAAGUAUGAAGGAUCCUCCCGAUGCCGGAAAAAAAGGAUCGCAAGCAGACAAAUCUUCUGGUGCAGGUUCCCUCGAUCUUUCAAAUCCAAAUGCAUUAAUCUGUAAAUCCGUAGAUGCAAACAUUGAUGGAGUUCCUUCCAGAGUACUAAUUAUCGGACAAGAUAAAACUGUCAAUAUCAUAAUGAAUGGUGAGAAGUAUGUAUGGAUGGGCACAUCUGGUACUACAUGCUCAUACUGUAUAGUGUUUUUGGAAAGUGGAGUUCCAAAAAUGAUACUCAUACAAUCUGAAACGGGAAAUGGAACAGUUCAGACAUUUUUUAAAUAUAAAGUGACAGGUGGUUGUUUUGGAAAGAAGAAAGAGAGUUGGCAGCAAACAACUGAUUAUAUCAAGGAUAUCAACAACUUGAAAAAAACGAAUGACACGUCCACUAGACUAAUUCUGGAUUUAUCAGCCAUUCCAAAUGAUGGAGAUCACUACAAGACUAUAGAGAGCAAGCGUGGUGAUGUUACAGUGAAUUAUUAUGCUACAAACUCUGGUCAUGUUAUAGAAAAGGUUGUGGAUGGAUCAGCUGACCUAUGGAAUGCUGAUCAGGAUACCAUUUGCUUUCUCUGCGAACUACAUUCCAAGGAUAAUUCGAAACUUCUAAGACUACACAUAAAGAGUGGGAAUUACCAGUUUACUUUCCAAAGCUUUGAACACUCUGAUAGGAACUGGGAUAUUGUAACAAACGCAGAUUUUAAUGCUAAACUCAAAAUAUUGUGA